AAUUGCAAUUAAACUUCCUCCUUUCUACUCAGUUUUUUCUCUCCCCAUCCCACCAUUGAAAUUUUCUUCUAAAUCCGGUCCAAAAUUCUCUUUCUGUAGUCUCUCAGUUCUGAUCUAGUCAAUUCAUCUGUGCGAACUGAUUGAUCCAGAGGUGUGGGGGGAACGAUGAGCCAAGUGUACGAAGGAUAUGAAAGACAGUACUGUGAACUGUCCGCGAAUCUGUCGAGGAAAUGCAAUUCGGCUGCUGCUCUUCCGGAUGGAGAGAAGAAGAAACAAGAGGUCUCUGAACUACAAGCAGGACUGGAUGAUGCUGAUGUUUUGAUUCGGAAGAUGGAUCUUGAGGCUAGAAGUUUACAGCCAAGCUUGAAAGCUACUUUACUCGCCAAGCUUAGGGAAUAUAAAUCUGAUCUGAAUAAGUUGAAAAGAGAAGUGAAGAAACUGGCAAUGCCUAAUCAACCGGGUCAUGAGGAGUUGUUAGAAUCUGGAAUGGCUGGUAUGCAUGAGGUUUCUGCAAAUCAAAGGGAUAGAUUGGCCAUGUCAACUGAGAGGCUGAAUCAAUCUACUGACAGACUCAGGGAAAGCCGGAGAGCUGCCCUGGAGACAGAAGAGCUCGGUGUAUCAAUCCUCGAAGAUUUGCAUCAGCAACGUGAAACUCUGUUACAUUCCCACAAAAAGCUUUCUGAUGUAGAUAGUGCCAUUGAUAAAAGUAAAAAGGUAUUGACUUCCAUGUCUAGAAGGAUAAGCAGGAAUAAGUGGAUCGUUGGCUCCAUUAUUGCUGCACUUAUCCUGGCGAUCAUAAUUGUUCUGUAUUUCAAAAUUUUUCACUGAUUGGCAAAAUUUCAGCUGGCAUGAUGUAUAUUUUGUGAUGUGAUUACCUGUGUAUUGCUUGAAAACAAAAUUGUAUAGCAUUGCCGAAGACCUAAGAUGAUGAUGUCUGUUGUUACUUCAAGUUGCUUUGGACUGCUUGCUCCAUAUAAUAAGCUUGAUGCACUAGUUAUAAGCUAUCUCUUUUCCUCUCUA